AUGGGCCCCUACAAUCAUCAGUCUGGGGGACACCACUCAAAACGGAAUUACAUAAAAGGAAACGAGACAACAUCUAGUACGUCCAGUUCAAGUUCCUAUGAUUAUCGUACAUAUCCUGCUAGCAAUGGCAUAGGCUACUAUGACCAAGCCUAUGGAGGUCACUCUUCGGGUCAUAAUGGUGCAACAUCGUAUGCCCAAUCGUAUUACGGGAGCGAUGCAGGGGCAGGUUAUCAGGGUGGACAAUCAUCAGCGGGAGCCUUUGACAGUGGAGAUAUGUAUUUAAGACGACGGCAAGGUAGAAUAAGACGACAAGCUAUUCGAUUACCUGAUCAACCCGGACCGGUGCGUCAAGUGAGACAUCGUUUACCGACACCUGAGCCAGAUGUUUUAGAAAGAGUCUAUAUUCGCCGCCAACCUGGAGAGGUAAUCGAAGAAAUAAUCGAAGAACCAAUGACUCCACCUCCUCGUAUACAAGAACGAACAGUCGUUGAACAAUCAGGCCCACCACAAGUUGUCAGAAAAGUCAUUCGAGUACCACCAAGAAGUAGUGGUUACGUUGGUGCUCAUAGUGGUGCACAAGAAACUUUAAAUAAUUAUGGAAGUUCAAGCGGCCUCAAUGGGCCAAUUGCUGGUGGUGGUGCUUAUGGAGCUGGAUAUGGAAGUACGGGAGCUGGAUAUGGAAGUACGGGAGCUGGCUAUGGAAGUACGGGAGCUGGAUAUGGUCAGUCAGGUGGCUACCAUGCACCAGGCGGUAAUUUCUACGAUUCUGGGAGUGCAAUAGGUGGUGCUGUAAGUAGUUUUGCUGGACAAAGUGCAGCUGGUUACGGACAAACUGGAUAUGAAAGAUACCAAAACGAAUACCAAAACGGAGGACAAGUGUCACAAGGUGCAGCUUAUGGGUACAAUCCAGCAAAUGUUCAAAGUGCGUACGGUGGAGCCACACAAAACAUGUAUCCACCUCAGCCUCAAAUUCAGGCUCCUUACGUUCCUGCUGUAAAUCAACAAAUGCAACAACCUAGACCCGCUUUUUGCUUUGAAGCGGGAGGUACUCAACCCCAAGCAUAUGGUCCCCCUGCUAUUCCAACCGGUUUCGGAGUUCAGGCCGCUGGAAUCGGAGGAAGUGCUAGUGGAGGUUUAUCAGGCUACGGUGCAUCAGUGAAUCCAUAUGAGUUUAGUCAAGGAAAUAUGCCCGGAUAUAGCAGUUUCGGUGGCGUUGGUGGAAUAGGAAUGGGUGGUCUGGGAGGAGGUUCUCCGGGUGGUGGAAUAGGAAUGCGCGGUCUGGGCGGAGGUUUUCCGGGUGGUGGAAUAGGAAUGAGCGGUCUGGGCGGAGGUUUUCCGGGUGGUGGAAUAGGAAUGAGCGGUCUGGGCGGAGGUUUUCCUGGAGGUGGGAUGGGUGGACUAGGAAUGAGUAGUCUAGCCGGAGGUUUUCCGUCUGGUGGAAUGGGAGGAAUAGGAAUGGGUGGUCUGGGCGGAGGUUUUUCGGGUGGUGGAAUGGGAGGAAUAGGAAUGGGUGGUCUGGGCGGAGGUUUUUCGGGUGGUGGGAUGGGUGGACUAGGAAUGAGUAGUCUAGCUGGAGGUUUUCCGUCUGGUGGAAUGGGAGGAAUAGGAAUGGGUGGUCUGGGCGGAGGUUUUUCGGGUGGUGGACUAGGUGGGAUGAGUGGAAUAGGAAUGGGUGGUCUGGGCGGAGGUUUUCCGGGCGUUGGACUAGGCGGGAUGGGUGGUAGUUUUGGGGGAAAUCCAUGUCUGCCAAUGCCAAGCAUGCCUAUAUGUCCUCCAAUGCCAAUGCCAAGCAUGGGAAAUAUGUCGAUGCAACCGCAGUGUAUUCCCGUUCCUCAGCCUUACCCAGUCCCGCAACCAUGUCCAGUUCCUGUACCAGUACCGGUUGAACGAUGUGUACAAGUUCCAGUCCCUGUACCCCAAAUUCAGCAAUGUCCAGUUCCUGUUCCAGUUCCUCAACUAUGUCCAGUACCUGUACCUGUUCGCUAUCUAGCUAGCAUUCUUCGUGUUGCUGGAAUAUUUAUUGCAGAAAAACGUAAUAUCGUGUACUUUUGCAUUCCGGUUCCUCAACCAUGCCCAGUUCCCGUGCCAUGUCCGGUACCUUGUCCACAACCAUGUCCUGUUCCUGUACCUGUCCCAUGUCCAGGUCAAGUUAGGUGUGUGCCUGUGCCUCAGCCUUGUCCAGUACCUGUUCCAGUGCAGGGUCCACCUCAGUGUAUUCCUAUCCCAGUCCCGCAACAAGUACCAUGCCCUGUACCCGUUCCUGGUCCUCCACAAUGUAUUCCAGUUCCUCAGCCUUAUCCUGUCCCUGUCCCUCAACAAUCUUGUCAAAUGCCGUUCCCAAUGCCUCAACCAAUGUGUCAGCCCAUGUCGUUCCCAAUGCCUCAACCAAUGUGUCAGCCCAUGUCGUUCCCAAUGUCUCAACCAAUGUGUCAGCCCAUGCCAUCAAUGAAUCCAUGCGCUAUGAUAGGCGGAAUGGGAGGAGGGGGUUUGGGUAGCUAUGGAGGCUUUGGUGGUUUAGGAUCUAGUGGAAUGCUAGGAGGCGGUGGAUUGGGAAUGUAUGGAGGAGGAGGCUUCGGCGGCGGUGGCGGAUUUGGCGGUAUUGGAGGAGGAAUGGGUAGUUAUGGUGGACUCGGUGGUGGAUUUGGUGGUUCCUGCUGUAAUGUUGGCGGUAUGGGUGGACUUGGAGGUCUGGGUGGACUUGGAGGCCUGGGUGGAUUUGGAGGCCUGGGUGGACUCGGAGGACUAGGUGGUGGUCUAGGAGGGUUGGGUCUUGGUGGAUUAGGCAUACCUGCAGUGCCAAUUGGAUUUGGUAUUACUACAACGAUAAACGAUUAUGGAGUUGGAGUGGGUCCAUCCGGGCCAGGUCUGCUCGGAUAUGGUUUACCUGGUGCUGGAAUUGGAGGAAUCGGCAUACAAGGUCAACCUGUUGGAUUUGGAUGGACAACAUCGUUGGAUGAACCUUACUACGGUGGGGGUUUACCGUAUGCCCGAGGUCUUGGUUAUUCACCGGUCGGUGCCGGAGGAUAUGGUGGUGGAUUGUUAGGUAGAGCUGAACGAGGUCUUGGUGUUGGCAGAUAUGGUCGGGUAGGCCCAUAUCCCUAUCCUGGCUCGAUAGGUUCAGGAAUCGAUCGAGGACUCGGUGUUGGUCCUUACGCUCCGCCAGGCUCGGGUGUCGUGUGCAAUCAAAUAAUCCUUCUUCAUUUAAAUUUUCUUGCUGAAAAUAGUUAUAUUUUUAAAAUUAAAUUUAUUGGUAUAGAAAAUGAUGUUUAUAAACAAAUAACAGGAUUUCAGUUUUAUUUAAAUACAUUCAAUACCAAAUAUACUCAAUUUGAGUUAUUGUUUCGUUUUGUGUUUCUUAUUACCACAAUUGUAGCAACAUGUUUAUUCACAAAAUCGAUGAGACGUUUUUCAGUAUUAGACUGGUCAUUAGAACAACGAUGGAUGGUUUUACUAUUAGUACUUUUAGUAUUUUAUAAUGAUCCAUUCUAUCCGUUAACAUUUUUGAUUGAUAGUGCUUUUCCAUCAAUAUUAGAUGGAUUAUUGCAAGCAACAUUUCUCUGUACACUGAUGUUAUUUUGGUUAAGCGUUUAUCAUGGUGUUAGACAAACUGUACGUCGUUUUCUACCAUUUUAUUUACCAAAAUUAAUACUCGUUGGUCUUCUAUGGAUAUUUGCUAUUGUUUUAUCAUCAUGGAGAACAUUUAAUGAAAUGAAAGAUCCAACAUAUAAUUUAUCAAUUGAUAUUACACAAUUUACAACCGUUCGAAUAAUAUUUUAUAUCACUGGUAUUGCAUAUGUUUUAUACUUGUUAUUUUUAAUUAUUCGAGCAUUUGGUGAAUUAAGAAAUAUGCCGUAUUUUGAUGUUCGUCUAAAAUUUACCACUCUUCUCAUGUUAUGUGUUGUUACUGUAUCAAUAUCAAUAACAACACUAAGAUUUGGCUCAGGAAUUAUUAAUGAAAAUUUUGUUCCUGAAUUAGCUACAAGAUAUAAAAAUUCGGCUGAAUUUUUAUCAUUUUAUGGUUUAUUAAAUUUAUAUUUAUAUACAAUGGCAUUUGUUUAUUCUCCAGCAAAAAAUGCUGCAGUCGAUUCUCAAUUUAGAGAUAAUCCCGCAUUUUCAAUGAUCAACGACAGUGACGAAGAAGUUGUUUAUGGAUCAGAUCAUGAGACAUCACAAUUGACAACAUCAAGAUAA